AUGGCUUCCUACGAGAAUAUCACAACUUUUGAUGUGGAUCCUCCGUUGAACAACUCGGUUCAAGAAGAAGAUUUGACUAGCUUAUAUAUCAGCUUUUCUUUUUUGGGGCUUCUUGGUGUUUUUAUAAUUGUGGCAAAUGCAAUGGUUUUCACAUUGUUUGCUAAACGGAGUUAUCUUCGAACGAAAUCAAAUGUCUUUCUAGUGUCGCUGGCUGCCUCGGAUUUUUCAGCAGGAAUCUUGUGUAUUCCUCUCGUAAUAGCCUGCAAUGUAUUCCAUGAGAGUUUUUACGGCUGGAUUAUUUGCCUUGGGAUGGAUUUAUCUCAGAGAUUUCUCGCAAUAUCAACCAUUCUUCACUUGUUAGCUGCAACACUGGAACGAUAUCUCAAGAUCCAUUUACCACUUCGAUAUUUAUCCGUAUUAACUAGCCGUAAAGUGGCUAUAGUCCUCCUCGUUAUAUGGUCUACAGCACUAUUUUCCUCGUUCAUACAACUAACUUGGAUCGAUAUAAAAAGCAGCAAAAUGCCCGGUCAUUCUCACCAAAUUGAUGCAUUUUAUUUAGUUGUAUGUGCAAUUGUUUUUGUGUUUAUCCCCUUUGUAAUAAUGGUUUACGCUUAUCUUCGUAUUUUUUGUGUUAUCUGGGGUGAACGAAGACCAAGCCUACUUUUAGAAACUGUACCUGCACGACGUAUUAAAAGGAAAAAGUCAAGAAACGAAAUAAGAGCGACAUGCAUCUACAUAGCAAUGGCAAUCAUGUUUCUUUUUGCUUGGUCUGGUUAUUUCUUCGUGGGAAUAAUGGACGAUAUUCAACCGGAGAGCGUGAAGAACUUCCCGCAAUGGCUUAAUAUCGUCUUACUGUUUUUGAAGUUUAGCACAGCUCUUGUAAAUCCUUUACUGUAUACUUUCUUUAAAACAGAUUUUCAAAACGCAUUGGGUUCGUUUAAGGAGCAAGCAGCGAACUCGCUUGCGGCUUCCGCGCAAUUUUUCUCCGCUAACACUUUUGAAAAUGAGCGUAAUCACAAUGAGUGUAGCGCACAAAAGAGACCGAGCUCUAGUGAACCAGACCACUUGCUGCAGAAAGCAAAGAACACGCGAUCGUAUUCUUUUCCACAGAGAAAUACAUCGACAAAGGUUUGAAGCCAUUUACUGCUGUGACAAAAAUUAAUGAGAAAUAAAAUUUAAAAUGUGCAUGACAGUUUGAUUUGGUAUCCGGGUAGAUGAAUUAGACUCGGGUUAUUGUUGGUUAAACCCGCUUUCAGGAGCAGCUGAACAUAAAUGACAAACAUCCCUUGUCUGCACUGUCUAAGAACUCGACUAUCUAAGAGAAAAUCGGAUUGCCAGCAGCUAUACUCUAGAUACUACCGAGAUUAUACUACAGCUACUGACUGGACUGAAGUUUUCUUUUUCUCAGCCUUUUUUGUUAUUCUUUUUCAUUGCUGUGACUUUUUGGUUGGCCCGUUUUAAUAAAAGAAAGUUUAAUAUCUAUUGUAAAAUUUAAUAACACAUUGUGUCGCGUUGCCGUAUCAUUGCUUGCUGUAAUUAAACCUACAAAUAUUGUUGUGAGUCAUAUUUGGUUUAUUUUGCAUUACCCAAUAAUCUUAUCAAUUCAAUAAUUAAAGGUUUCUCUUCCAAAUCACGGGCUAUUUUCAAUAUCGUAAAGUUGUGUGUUUCGUUUCCUUUUUUGCUUCUGUCUUCAUGCGAACCUUGAAAUUUGAAUUCAUUCCCAUUACGUGUAGUUUUCGCAAAUUAGUGGUAAAGAAACAUUGUGCUUCCUUUAGUUAAUUCGAAGGUCUUUCUUUGGGAUUGAUUUCCGCAGCUGCUCGGUUUAAUGAAAAAAGAAAAGGGAAGAAAAAUAUAACAGUCAGAUGAUGAGGCUGACAGCGGGAUAGUUCGAUUUGUAAUUUAAAACAGAGGAGUUCCAGCAUGAAGUGAGGUUUCUUUAUCAUUGAUUUGCAGCUGAGGACACAUUUUUGUUAUGAAACGUAAAAGUGGCCCGAGUUUGGACCAAUCCUAUUUAUGAUCUUAAAAUCUCUCAGCUCAGCGAUUAUGAGUUCCAAAAGGAAUAAAUAAAUACGGGUAAAGCUACACUACAAUGGGUAACAAAAAACGUGCAACUUGUUUGGCAACAUAGCUGCAAAACGAGUUGAAUAGCGAUGUUGCGCGUUUUACUACCCACGUUCGAACCUGCGGUCGGGGAUCCAGGGGAGGGGCCCGGGUGGCCCGCCCCCCCUUAUUUUUAGACGAAAAUGAGGCCCGAAGGCCCCCCCCCUCUUAUCUCAGGGUCUAGCUGACCGCACCCACCCCCCCCCCCUUAUCUGAGGGUCUGGAUCCGCCAAUGACCUGUAAGGUGGCAAGAUUUUUUCGUGAGUGAUAAACCACGCAACAUCGCUAUUCAGCUCGUUAUACAGCAAUGUUGCGAAAGAAGUUGCAGGUUUUUUGUUACCUGUUUUACCGAACCUUAAAUAAAAAUAGCGCAAGUAAGAUUAAGAUCUCGUCACCUGAGCUCCAGUAGGUAAUCAAGGUGGGAUGUCAGUUCAAAGUUAGCUGAUAUGAAGUCCAGCUGGUUUCAGCAUAUUUUUAUUUUGUUUUCAUUUAUCACAUUAUAUUUUAUUUUUUUUUGAACGGGAUUAAUGCAUGCGACAUCGGUGAAACGAGCAUCAUAAUUAUUUCUUUGUGCUUUUGAGAACUUUCCCCCUCCCCCUCCCCCUCCUCAUAUCUCUCUCCAAAUUCGACAGUUCCAGAUAGAUAUUACCUUGGACAUCAACAAUAAUCAUUAUAAUCAUCUUAAAAGCGAUGAAGAUGAUGAAGAUGAUGAUGAUGAUGAUGAUGAUGACGACUCUGAUGAUGAUGAUGGUAGAAGAGUCAAGAAAGUUAUGAGGUCAAAACUCAGAGGCGGAGACAUGGUGAGAACAUACUAGAAACAUAAUAAGCUGUGCCGCUGUUGCGUGCAAUACAGUGGUGGUGUGGUAAAAUAGACUGAACUUAACUUAGGCUUCAUGGAAUGAGAGUUCAGAAAAUGGAGUCGAGGGUUUAUCACUGUGGUGGAUUGUCUCUGUUUGGAGAAACUUAGCCCUGACAACUUCCUUAGUCAAAGUAAAGAAAAACUGCCAAAGAUUGCAUGAAACAAGUUUAACACAGAGGAGCUGUUUUCAAAUUAGAAAAUUGGAGAAACCGAAACAGAAAGAGUUCUUGGCUUCUUGAAAAUGCCUUGGAAAUCUUCAAAUCAGUUGCCAUAAGACAUCUAUGA